AAUCGCAGUCCCUUUCAACUCACUUUUCCUUCCUCACGCUCCGGCCGCCUUCAUUUCCACUUUGCAUCCAGAUCCGCCUAGCCAUGGAGUUCGGCUGGAUCCCCAGGGCCCAUCUUCCUCCGCGCAACCACAUGCUCCGAAGGCCGGUCCCGCCCCGGUCCGUCGUGCCGUCCUCACCCUGCACGCCCUCGCCUUACGGCCAAGAGGUCAGGGGGCGCGCGGCCUUGGCCUGGUGUUGCGCGGAUCGGGACGUCGUCGACUCCGACCGGCCGAUCUCGCAAUCGUGCGCCUUCGGCGGAUCCGGCACCACAGGUGCGCCCCAUCUUGCCCUCUUAUCUCGCCGAAGAAGUCUCCCAGGUCGCACUCUACCAGCAGCACGAUGCCAUCCCCCUGCUCUACAAGGUAGCCUCUCAAAAGGUCCUCGCACCCGCUUGGCGAUGCUUGCAUCUUGUUCAUCAUUUGGACUCGACGAUCAAGUUCGUUUAGGUGCGCUUCAAUCCUCCGCACAGCUCCUUGCGUCUGCGUCGUUGAGGUUACGUGGUACGGCGGCGAGUUAGGGGCCAGGAUCUGCUAUUUGGUGUCGGGCUUCCUCUGUGAAGGCCCAUCUAUCUUUCGCAACCGCGGUGGUUCGAUUCAUGUUGGCUCUAACGAGACGGGGGAGGAGGUGGAGUGGAUGGGCGGCAACGGCGCAGCGCGCAAGGAGGUCUUGGGCGCGGACUCCGGCGAGGACCUGAGUGGCUGACGGGCAGUGGCCACGGUCGCGGGAGCAGUUCGUGUACCAUCGUGAAUUGGUCCAAAACUGUGUUAGAAAAUGCAGGGUUUGAUCUCUUGCUACCAGUGUGAUGCGAUCUUGAUCUUACAGUAAAUAAUCUGCUCUUGUGGCACCUCAGGUUGA